AUGGCCUCAAACCUCGCCUCGAAGACCCUUUACUCCAGCUGCUUGCUCCUUUCGAACCCCACCACAUCUAUAACGUCAUCAUGUAAAUGGCACACCUCGACCAGAGGCACCGGCUCUCAGCAACCAUCCAGCCCGCUUGCCAGCCAACGAUCCUAUGCUACAGCACAUGACAGCCGCGCCGCUCACCAUCGUUGGCCCUCGCACUCGAACCCAACCCCCUACGACAUCUUCGCCAUCGACAAGGCAACCCCCUACACCAAAGCACGGUUCUACGAGCUCGUCAAGCUCUACCACCCCGACACCCAUCCCCGAGAAGGAGGGCAUGCCGCGCUCCGGGGCCUCACCGGCCUCCCCGCCGCCGUCCGCCUCGAGCGGUACCGCCUCAUCGUUCUCGCCAACACGAUCCUCAGCGACCCCGAGAAGCGCCAGGCCUACGACGCCCACGGCGCCGGCUGGGCCCUCGACCGCCGCCCCGCCCACGAGAGGGCCCGCGCCGCCGACCGCCACUGGCGCACGAAACCCGGCAACGCCGCCAACAAUGCCACGUGGGAGGACUGGGAGCGGUGGCACGCUGCACGCGAUGGAAACGCCAUGCCGCAGCAGCCCGUCUUCAUGUCCAACACGCACUUUGUCGCCCUCAUCCUGGCUGUCAUUGCCAUUGGCAGCGCCAUGCAGGCGUCGAGGGCCGGCGAGAGUGCGGCUCACGUUGUCGAGCAGCGCGGGCUCCAGGAGCUCGCCAUCAACGAGGCCCUGCGGCGGCAGGGCCGGGAGACGGCGGGCAAGGGGAGGGAGGAGAGGAUCGAAAAGUUCCUGCGGGAGCGUGACGGCUGGGCAUUUGACGUAGCGGCUGCGAACCACGGGGCCAUUACGCCCAGGAAGGAGUGUCACGAUUAG